UGUGUGUGUGUGUGAGAGAGAGAGAGAGAGAGAGAUGAAGGGCGGCGCUUCAUAAUCUCUGUAGAAAAACUAACACGCAGUGAUCCGGGGGACAGAAUCACAUCCAAACACAGAAGACACGGAGGACGGACAUAAACACUAAAGACAUGAUCAAUGAAAGCAUGAUCUCACAGGGAGAGUUUCCACUGCCAGAUUAAACCACAGCGUUCAGCUCUAACGUUGAAUUUCUGUAGAGAGUUAAAUCAUUUAGAGCUCGAGUUCAUGGCGUUUCUAGUCAAGAAGAAGAAGUUUAAGUUUCAGACUCAUGUCACUCUGGAGGAGCUGACAGCCGUGCCGUUUGUUAAUGGGGUUUUGUUCUGUAAGAUCAGACUGCUGGAUGGAGGAGACUUCACUGCUGCAUCAUCCAGAGAAGAAGUCCACGAGAACGCCGUUCGCUGGAGGAAGAGGUUCUCCUUUGUAUGCAAAAUGAGUGCCAACCCCAACACGGGUGUUCUGGACCCCUGUGUGUGUCGCGUCUCUGUGAGGAAGGAACUCAAAGGAGGAAAAGCUUAUUCAAAGCUGGGCUUUGCUGAUCUGAACAUGGCGGAGUUUGCUGGUUCAGGCUCCACCGCGCGCUGCUGUCUGCUGGAGGGAUACGACACCAAGAACACCCGCCAGGACAAUUCCAUCCUGAAGGUGACCAUUGGAAUGACCCUCUUAUCUGGAGAUCCGUGUUUUAAAACUCCACCAAGCACAGCCAAAUGUAUAUCUGUGGCGGGUCAGGACCCUUCCCUGCAGCUGGACUGUAAAGGAGAAGGAACAGCUGAAGUUUUGCCUCGACUGACUAAACAGAGGCCUUCUAUACUCGGCUCUGGUAAAAGUCACAUCAUUAAAGCUCUUUCCGAGGAGGUGGAUCAGAGUCAGAGUCCCGAUGAGUCGUUUCACACGGGUCAUUCGCGCAACUCAAGUUAUGCCAGUCAGCAAAGCAAACUCUCAGGCUACAGCACCGAACACUCCUGCUCCUCCAGUCUGUCAGAUCUGACCCAUCGCAGAAACACAUCUACAGGCAGCAGCGUGAGCACAGACGUCCCUUCUGAGAGCGACACCCGCCCUGACCGGCCUCCACGACCUCCGCGGCCCAUCUUACCCUCCAACAGACCUCCACGGAGGAAACAAGAUUCGGUGGAAGAUCAGCCGACCUGGGUCAACGACACGCGCAUAGACGCAGACGACAUCGUGGAGAAGAUCGUCCAGAGCCAGAACUUCUCUGACAUCAGUAACAUGGAAGAUAGUAACCUGAGGCUGUUUGUGAGCAGAGACGGAACGACAGCGCUGAGCGGGAUCCAGCUGGGAAACAGGGUCUCUGCUGGGGUGUAUGAGCCAGUCGUCAUUGAAAGCCAUUAGAUUUAUUCCCAGUGUGUGUCCUGUUUUGUCACUGGAACAAUCACACAAACUCUGAUCUAUUCACAUCUCCUCCUGCAUUUUCAGUAGUCUAAACAAGUCCAAGCAAAUGUUUAAGUGCCAAACCACUGCUAACCACCGCACAACAGAAGAACAUUUUGGACACAUUAGAAGUUUUUCCACCACCUGUUGCUACACAAGUAUGUUGUCUGCUUACAGCCGCAUAUAUGUGUGAUUUGUCUGGUCUGUUUCUUUGUCUACCGAAUGAGGUUUCUAUGGAAGCUUGUUUCCGCCAUGAAAUAAGAAAUAAAAAAGGUAAUUGCUACUUUAUAUCUAACAAUCAUUACUUUUUUUCUUGCAAUUGUGAGUUUUAAAUCACGCAAUUCUGACUUUAUAACUCAAAAUUCUGACUUUUUUUCUCAGAAUUGAGAUAUAAAUUGACUUUAUUGCGAGUUAUAAAGCCAGAAAUGCGAGAUAUAAACUAAAUUCUGACUUCUUUCCUCAGAAUUGCGAGAUAUAAACUCACAAUUGCGUGAUAUAAACUUGGAAUUGCGAGGAAAAAAGUCGCAAUUUUGACUUUUUUUUUCUUGCAAUUCUGACUUUUUUUCUCAGAAUUGUGAUAUAAACUUGAAAUUGCGUGUUAUAAAGUCCAAUUAUAGGGGGAAAAGACUGUUUUUUUUCUCAGAAUUGCCAAUUUAUAUCUCAAUUCUGACUUUAAAACUCGCAAUUGCAAAGUCAGAAUUGUGAGAUAUAAACUUACAAUUCUGAGAAAAAAAGUUUGUAUUUCGCAAUUCUGACUUUAUAACUCGCAAUUGUGUUUAUAUCUCACAAUUCUGAGAAAAGAAGUCAGAAUUUCGUUUAUAUCUUGCAAUUCUGGCUUUAUAAGACGCAAUUGCGAGUUUAUAUCAUGCAAUUUUGACUUUAUAACUCGCAAUAAAUUCAAUUUUAUAUUUUGAGAAAAAAGUCAGAAUUGCCAGUUAUAAAGUCAGUAUUGUGUGAUUAAAAACCUCACAAUUGUGUGAAAAAAGUCAUAAUUGCAAUUCUGACAUUAUAACUCAUAAUUGCAAGUUUAAAUUUCUCAAUUCUGAGGAAAAAAAAGUCCGAAUUGUGAGAUAAGUCGCAAUUACAAUUUUAUUUAGUGGCAGAAACAAGUUUCCAUAUGUUUCACAUCUGUACAUGUAUUUUUGUGAGUCUGAAGACACGUUUAUAAUUUUUGCCGAACACUAAGUUUUGACUUUGACGGGCUCUUUAAGGGCUGUGAAGUGUGACGUGGGUUUUUCCUGGAGCAUCAGCCGGUCUGAAUGCUGUGAAAGUACCAGAGAUGCUCUCUGACCCACUGGACUGUGUUGUUUUUCUGUGUUGCUGUGCAACACUAAACUCCCUCCCUACAGAUUCUAGUGUUAUACAAACCAGUUUAAUGCACUUUACAGGACAAUCUCACAAAAACACGCCAGCUCAUACAGUGCCUCAAAAUCAGAAGAACAAGAAAGUGUAUUUUCCACAAAGAAAUGACACCUAUUUUAGGACCAUUAAGAUUUUUUUGGGUUGUAACAUCAAUGAUAAUUGAGAAUUUUUAUUACCUUCUCAAUACUUUACUGUAGUAUCUUUAACUGUUUUUCAUUGUAUUGCAAUAUAUUUUUAAUUAGCUUAAAUUAUCAUAAAGAAUAAAGUCACAAAUCUUAAUGGUACUAAUAAUACACUCUAUAAAUGCUGGGUUGAAAAUGGACAAACCCAGCGGCUGGGUUAAAUGUUGGGUUAAACAUGCUGGGCAGUUUUAUUUAACUCAACUAUUGUUUAAAAAUGACUAUAUGUCUGGCUUAAAAUGAACCCAAAAUAGGUUGGAAAUUAAAAAUCAGACACAUAAUUACUAGAGGCAACAAUAAUAAUCAAAGGUGAACAUUUAUUAAUAAGCAAUUUAAUAAAUGAUUGUUUAAUUAUUAUUCAUUUAACUUGUUAAUAAAUGUUCAUGUAUUAAAAAUAUUAAUAAAUGUUAAUUUCCAACAUAUUUUGGGUUCAUUUUAAGCAAGAAAUACAGUAAUUUUUAAACAAUAGUUGAGUUAAAUAAAACUAACUAGCAGUCUUGGUCAAACAUUUAACCCAACCAGCUGGGUUAAAACAACCCAAUCGCUGGGUUUGUCCAUUUUCAACCAAACUUGGGUUAUUUUUAACCCAGCAUUUCUGAUUUUGGGAUGAAAUAUGACUGAUGUUUCUUGAGAGAUUUCAUGCAAUUCACUCUUACGCAUAAGUACUUUUGUGGGGCCAAACCGCACACAACUAAAUACAAAAUACAUAAUAUUUCUAAAUACACUGCAAGAAAUGACUUUCAUACUCAGUAUUUUUAUCUUGUUUUCCAGCACAAAUAUCUAAACAUUCUUAAAUCAAGAUACAUUUACUGGAGAAGCAAAGUGACUUAAGUCUUGUUUAAUGAAAAAUGUCUUAAAAUGAAAUUAGUUUAUGCUAAUAUCAACCAAAAAUAAGCUUAUUUUCCUGACUCCAUUGGCAGAUAUUUGUUCUUCUUGUAAGCACAAACUCACUUUAUUCUGAUACAUUUUUCAUUAAACAAGAUAUUUUAAGUCACUUUGCUUCUCCAGUAAAUGUAUCUUGAUUUAAGAAUCUUUAGAUGUUUGUGCUGGAAAACAAGACAAAAAUACUAUGUAAGAAAGUCAUACACAACAUCAUAAUCAUGAUUCCAGUCACUGCUGGUUCACGUGCAGUAAAGUUUGUCUUUACUGUCAUUGUCAAAGUGAGUUUCACCGCCCUCAGCUGCACUUGAAAUCAUUAAACUGACUCAUUUUUCCAGUACAGAGGAACUCCACACCAUCCCCAGAUUUUCCAGAACCAGCUGGCUGGUUAUUUUCCUUCACAAAAAAAUCCCUAGAGACAUAAUGUGCUGGAGUUUCACAGUAAGACAGAUGCUUUUAUUGAAGACGAAGUGUAUUUUUGCGUUUCUCAAGUGCACUUGAUAAGCUGUGAUGGACUCGUUCGGUGCUGCUCAUAUGAACUGAGUGCUUGUAGAAAUCUUUAUUCAGAGCACAUAGGGUUUUUUUUAAGCUUUCAAACCCUUCUGAUUUAUUCUAAUGAGAAAAUACUUACUUGGUAACAAACAUUAAUUUUAGCGCUUCAGCAUCUUGGCCUGCUAAAUCACGAUCAUAAACACUAAACAAUAUGCAGAUUCGACUGUGGAUCAAACGAGCAGAAUGACGUUCAUCCGUUCAGCACCGAACUCUGAGAUCUUUACAUGUUCUUUAACCGUUGAGCGGGUUAGAGAACACAAAAUGCACCAGGCCUUCAUAUCUCUCGCAAAUAAGCUAACAUUUUAAUGCUUUAUUAAUAAAAUAGACCUAUAACUUAAUAAAUGUCUAUAAUUUCAAUGAAAUUCACUUGUAUUUCUAUAUGUAGUGCACUAUUUUUGUGAACAUUGAAUGUGCUUUUAAUCAAUAAAUUUUAAGAAACUCUUUUA